UAAAUACUGAGAUUUUUCGUGUUCCAAAUUUGGUAGCAGAUGUGUAAUGGAAAUCGGCCGAGAGUCACGUGAGAAAUUCCAAAAAUGGCGCAAUCUCAUUCGGUUCAGCCACAGUGUGGCGUCGGACGUCAACUUCAUCUCUCAUGUUGAUAUCCUGCAUCAACAUCCAGACCGAAAUCUGUUCAUGAUGGGCUCUCUUUACUACAUCUGCCUAUGUACUGUUUCGUUCUUUGGGGCGGUGGUCUUUAUGCAAAAGAUCCACAAAAGUGAGUUGCACUGUGCACUGCUGCUAAUCUAUCAUCGAUGUUUGCUUCAUCUGGGCUUUGUUUGCAGGGCGGAGGCCUUUAAGCGUCAUUUCGGUUCUGUAUAUUUCACAUACGCUCUAUGUAUCUCGUAUCGUGUGAAAUUUAAUCCGACUCAUUGUAAGGGUGAGUAAAUUGCGCAUCAGUAGUAUAACGAAGCAUGCGAGUUGUGAACAUAUCGUCCCUAGUUUCCAUUGCCUGAAGGUGCAAAGACACUAAUUACUAUCGUGAUUAUCUCAACUGUAAGGACACUAGAUGAAUCCUCGUGGGAUCUGUGGAGGUCGCGUUGCGCAUCUAAGGUCGUGUAGCCCUAUCGCCCCAAGGCGAUCGAGUAAGUUCCGAUGAGCGAGUCAAAAACUAGGGAAUAGGUGUUUGAGUACACCAUGCACACUUUUGAUCCAAAAGACGUAGAGGUAAGUGGACGCGAAAGGCAUGGGGCAAGACAAGAUAUAUGGUAAGGAAGUAUAAA